AUGCAAUUCAAAGCCAUUGCCCUCACUGCCAUUGCGGCCAUCACCCCAUUCGCUGCUGCCGUUGGCCAUGCCAUCGUCGAGAACCAUUGUGAUAAUAACGCCUAUCUCUGGUCCGUUGGCAGCGCCGUUGGCGGCCAGAACACCAUCACCCCCGGAAACACCUAUUCUGAACAGUUCCGCUACGACCCAGUCAGCGGAGGUAUUGCUCUUAAGAUUACUCGUGUCAAGGACGGUCUCUUCAAUGGCUCUCCUCAGACCAUCUUUGCAUACACUCUGACCGACACCAACACCUUCUAUGAUCUGUCUGAUGUCUUCGGCGAUGCCUUCGCCGGCACCAGUGGCCUGCUGGUUUCCACUUCCAACCCCGACUGCCCUGAUAUCUGGUGGCCAAACGGUGUUCCCCCAGCCGGUCAGAAAUUCACCUCUGCCUGCCAGAGAGAUGCCGACAUCACCCUUACUCUUUGCGCUCAGCCACCAAAAUAA